UAUUAUAUCGAAAAUGGCCAGAAAAGAGAGAAAUCAACGGCUUAGAUUCAGUGCUUUUCGAAACAUUUUCGGGGUAAUUGUUCAUUCAGAAUUAUUGAUCGUAGAUAGUGAGACAGACCCAAGACAAACAUACUCUCAAUCACAAAUGGCACAACAACUACUACAAGAACCAGAACAAGGCCAGCCAAUCAAAGAUCACCACCACCUCCCGCCACUACUCCUAGUCCUCCGUCCGCCACCAGUUUUCACCGCUUUCCACCACCACUUCUCCACCAAUUUCCAACUCCUCAAACCCUACGAAUCCCCACUCCCCACAGACCUGUUCCUCUCCACCUACGCCGGCUCCGUCGAGGCCGUCCUCUGCUCCGGCGCCAGUCCCAUCACCGCCGGCGUCCUCCGCCUCCUUCCGUCGCUCCGACUCGUCGUCACCGCCAGCGCCGGAGUCAACCACAUCGACCUGGCGGAGUGCCGGCGGCGGGGGAUCGCUAUCGCCAACGCCGGUGGCGUGUUCUCCGAAGACGUUGCUGAUGUGGCAGUCGGGCUCUUGAUUGACGUGAUGAGGAGAGUAACUGCCGCUGAUCGGUUUGUUCGUGGCUGGAUGUGGCCCACUCACGGGGACUAUCCUCUUGGUUCCAAGUUGGGAGGCAAACGAGUUGGGAUUGUUGGAUUAGGGAGCAUCGGCUCAGAAGUUGCAAAAAGGCUUGAAUCCUUCGGCUGCAUUAUCUCAUACAACUCGAGGAUGACGAAACCGUCUGUUCCAUACACUUACUACCCAACUGUUUAUCAACUCGCUUCUAAUUGCGAUGUGCUUAUCAUUUGCUGUGCAUUAACGGACGAAACUCGGCACAUUAUUAACAAACUAGUCAUGUCAGCAUUAGGAAAAGAAGGGAUCAUCAUCAACAUUGCGCGGGGGGCUAUCAUCAAUGAGAAGGAAUUAGUCGGGUGUUUGGCGCGAGGAGAAAUUGCUGGUGCUGGUUUGGAUGUGUUUGAGAAUGAGCCUAAUGUGCCUAAAGAACUCUCUGCGAUGGACAAUGUCGUGUUGUUGCCACACAGAGCUGCCUUCACAGAGGAAGCUUUUUUCGAUGCUUUUCGACUGGUGGUGGAUAAUUUAGAAGCUUUCUUCUCAAAUAGACCUCUGCUUUCUCCAGUCAUUGAUGAGUGAGUUAAUGAAUUCGAUCUUCUAUUGGCUAAUUCGUCGUCGUGUUAUUAUCAGAGAUACCAUACUUGAAUGUAAGGUUGACUCGCACCUCAGCUGUUGAUCAAGCAACAGUGAGUUGGGAUGUCCUCAUGCCCAAGUAGAUACAAAAUGGUGGAAGUAGAUUGUCUAGGGGUGGGGAAUCCAGUUUAAUCGGCAUGUAAAUACCUGUGUAAAUCCAGACUUGGAUAAUAGCCAAAAUACAUUAUUAUAGGGGCCCGGAUUUUGUGCCUCUACCAAGUAUGAGAUUAUUUCAAAGACUA